CUGGCUGUUGACCAUGAAGACCGAUUUUAAGUUCUCGAACCUCCUCGGUACGGUAUAUCGCAAGGGAAACCUUCUGUUCACUCCCGAUGGAAAUUGCUUGAUUUCGCCGGUGGGCAACAGGGUUACCGUAUUUGAUUUGGUGAACAAUACGUCUUAUACACUCCCAUUUGCACAUCGAACAAAUAUCCAUCAAUUAGACCUUACUCCUCGAGGCAACAUCCUCCUCUCCGUGGACGAACAUGGUCGCGCCAUCCUGACCAAUCUCCUCCGCCGGGUCCAGAUUUACAACUUUUCGUUCAAGGGCCGCGUCUCUGCCCUCAAAUUCUCUCCGUCAGGUCGUCACUUUGCCGUUGGAGUAGGACGUCGGCUGCAAAUAUGGCACACCCCGGAGACCCCAACCGUCGGUGGGGACGGGGAGAUCGACUUUGCUCCCUUUGUCUUGCAUCGUGACCUUGCCGGCCACUUCGACGAAGUCCAGCAUAUCGAAUGGUCGAGUGACUCCCGAUUUCUUCUGACCGCUUCGAAAGACUUGACGGCACGGGUAUGGAGCUUGGAUCCCGAGGACGGUUUCGAGCCCACAACUCUUUCCGGUCAUCGACAAGGUGUAAGAGCAGCCUUUUUUUCAGCCGAUCAAGAAAGUAUUUACACAGUCAGCCGAGACUGCGCCCUCUUCCGAUGGGAGUAUGUCUCCAAAAAAGACCCUGACACGAUGGAGGAUGUGGCGGAACCGCGCUGGAGGAUUGUUAAGAAGGAUUUCUUCCAACAGCCUCAUGCAACAGUUAAAUGCGCGGCAUUCCAUGCGGCUUCCAACCUGCUCGUCGUUGGUUUCUCCAACGGACUAUUUGGUCUUUACGAGCUCCCAGAGUUCAAUACAAUUCACCUCUUAAGUAUCUCACAAAGUAAUAUUGAUGUUGUAUCCAUCAACAAAACCGGCGAGUGGUUGGCGUUUGGUUCCUCGAAAUUCGGGCAAUUAUUGGUCUGGGAAUGGCAGUCGGAGUCAUACAUCCUGAAACAACAAGGCCAUCUAGAUUCGAUGAAUGCCCUUGCCUACUCCCCUGAUGGCCAGAGAAUAGUCACCGCUGCCGACGACGGCAAGAUCAAAGUUUGGGAUGUCAAGUCAGGGUUCUGUCUUGUGACAUUCACAGAACACACCAGUGGAGUAACGGCCUGUCAAUUUUCGAAGAAAGGAAAUGUUCUGUUUACCUCAUCGCUGGAUGGGUCUGUGAGGGCAUGGGAUCUUAUUCGGUACCGGAAUUUCCGCACGUUUACGGCGCCGUCUCGCCUUUCAUUCUCCUCUCUUGCAGUUGAUCCCAGCGGAGAAGUGAUUUGCGCGGGGUCCCCAGAUUCGUUCGAUAUCCACGUAUGGUCCGUGCAGACAGGGCAACUCCUCGAUCAACUGUCUGGUCACGAAGGGCCUGUCUCAGCCUUGGCUUUUGCUGCGGAUGGCAAUCACCUGUUGACGUUCUGGUCGGUGGCUGACGCCGUUCAAGUAGCCGGUAUCGACGGACGCCGUGAUAUUUCGGGUGGGCGCAAGAUUACGGAUCGUACGACGGCCGCAAAUGCUGCUGGCACAAAAUCUUUCCACUGCAUCACAUACAGCGCUGAUGGUAGCUGUAUUCUUGCAGCUGGUAACAGCAAAUAUAUCUGCCUGUACGACGUAUUGACGGGCUCUCUGGUGAAGAAAUACACUGUCUCCGUGAACACUUCGUUAGACGGUACUCAGGAGUAUUUGAACAGUCGUGACUUGACGGAGGCUGGUGCUCGAGGUCUUAUUGAUGAGACUGGAGAAGCGUCAGACCACGAAGAACGCAUUGACCGAUCUCUCCCUGGAGCAAAGCGUGGCGAUGCAGGCUCUCGAACCACCCGCCCUGAGGUACGUGUUAGCUGCGUGGAUUUCUCUUCAACUGGCCGCUCGUUCUGUGCAGCUUCUACGGAAGGACUCCUCAUCUACAGCCUGGAUACGGAAUUCCUGUUCGACCCGUUUGAUCUCGAUAUCUCUAUUACCCCGGCUUCCAUUCUUUCCACCGUCGAAGGUGCAAAGAAGGCUGCUGCCACCGGCGAUGCGAACAACGACGACACUUACUUGAAGGCGCUUGUCAUGGCGUUCCGUCUCAAUGAAGCCAAGCUCAUACGUGCCGUUCACGAAGCUAUCCCUCCCUCAGAUAUUGCCCAUGUUGUCCGCUCUGUACCAACCGUAUACCUCCCUCGUCUUCUCCGAUACGUCGCCCACGCUUGCGAAGAGACGCCGCAUCUCGAAUUCAAUCUUCUGUGGAUCGAGUCUCUGUUCAGUAGCCAUGGUCGAUACUUGAAGGAUAACGCAGGUUCACUGGGUCCUGAGCUCCGUGCUGUUCAGCGUGCUCUUGAUGAUAUCAAUGAAAAUAUCAAACGCCUCUCCCAGAAGAACGUCCAUAAUCUCAACUACCUUCUCGCUAAGCCUGUCCUGACUGGGAGGAAAGCCCCCGCCCUCCCCAAAGCGAUUGACACUCUUGAUGCGGCCGCCACUAAUGGCGAUGCUACAAUGAGUGAUGCCGGCACCGAUGCGGAGGGCGAAUGGCAUGGUUUGGAAUGA